GUUCUGGCAUACAAGGUGUGCCCGCUGAAUUUAGAGGCCACGCUGUUUGCCACGCUGAUGGCCUUGAACAACAUCGGUGUCGACAUUGGCAAAUUCCUUGGAGUCAGCCUCUGUGAGCUUUGGGGCAUCGUGGACGGGAACUUUGACUACCUAGUGCACGGCCUCGUGACGAAAGCGUUGUGCAGACUGCUGCCGAUUCCUUUGAUCUUCCUCCUGAUACCCCGCCAGCUCACCCCGAACGAUCCGGUCCCACUUCCUGCCAAGAAGGACAACCUGCCGGCGGACUGCAGCGUCGACAGCUGA